AUGUUUCCAGGUGGACCAUCCUCCAACGCAUGCUGGGCCCCAGAGUUUGGUAGAAUAACCAGUUAUAUAUCCCGAUCCGAGAUUCGGUUUGGCAUCCAGAUCAAGAAUCUCAGCGAGCAUGUGGGGAUCUUGAAGCAUUCCGUAAAAGAAAUACACUCCUGUGAGCGCGGCAUGGUGAUAAAUAAGGGAAGCCAGAAUCCUUGGAUAUAUCAUUCUGAGAACGCGCGGGAAGUGGUGGUGCGGACGGAGGAGAUGAACAUCCCGAUGCUAAAGCGUCGGACAUGGUAUGAGUUGGGUAUUAGCCCUUCUCCCUCAAGACCGUCGUCGAACGAUCAUGCUUGGAGCAGCUCGUUGGACAAUGCGAAUUUCCCUCACCGAAAAUUGUCCCGGCGCCAGAGAAUUGCGCUCGUCGAACAAGCCUCCAACAUGCGGGAUUUGGCCCUGCUUAUGAACUCGAAUUACGAUAAAAUGAUCGGCUGGAACAUCUUAUACCUGCUCAACACAUCUCAUGGAACAAUCGAGUUCAGGCGCGGUACGGCAAGUACCUCUGUGGGUGAUAUCUCCAUGUGGAUCGAAAUUGCCAUGUUUUUCGUCUGCGCCGCAUUGAAGUUGAGAGAUCUGAGCACUCUUGAGAAAAUACAACCAACGGCCCUGAUACUGUUACCCACGACCAGCAGUAGUGGGGUGUUAGAGUUACAGAAUGCUGAGCGCAGACCCCUCUACUAUGUACACCACCAUGGCGCUGGUGGGCUUGUGCAGAACCAACCAAAUAUCCUGUUCUCCUCCAUAACUAUCCAAGCAAAUCGACCAUAG